CAAGCGGCGACCUCGUCAUGGUGGCGCAAAUGUGGAUGGAAUCGACGCACGAAACUCGGAAGAAGCUCAUGCCACGAUGGAGAGGACCGAUGCGAAUCACGGAGGUCUUCGGGACUUCAUGCGCCCUCGAGUCGAUGGGGGGCUGCCCCGCUGGUGGAAGAUUCAACUUCAACCGGCUGAAACACUUCGUGCCGCACAUGUCACAAACAGAACUCCGGGAGCAGCUCUUAGAGCAACCGGAGAACGCGGGGGAACCUCGUGGGCGGUAGAGCAACCGCCCUCCGAGUGAGUCCUCCUUCAUACAAUUCUUUAUUCCUCUUUAUUCGCAUUCUGACCUGGAACACAAAUGUACCAUUACUUGCAUACGAGGACCGGAAACGAUACGAUGAAUCCCGUCAAGCAGCAGAUAUACGAGCUGAAACGAGGACCAAAAGACAAGACCCGCCCGAAGGGAGAGAAAACG